AUGGGUGUACACGACCUGUGGUCUAUCAUCGAGCCUGUUCGAGAGUCGGUGCCGCUGUACAGUCUGAGCGGAAAGACGCUUGCGGUCGACCUAAGUUUGUGGGUUUGCGAGGCCCAGCAUGUCCAAGCAAUGAUGGGCAGAGUCACGAAGCCCCAUUUGAGGAAUCUAUUUUUCCGGGUGUCGUCUCUCGUUCUUAUGGGGGUCAAACUGGUGUUUGUAAUGGAAGGAGAGGCUCCGAGACUGAAAGCAGAGACCAUGAGCCAGAGGACUGCAAACCGAUUUGGAGGCCCCCCAAAAGUCUCUAAGUCCUCCACUAACACCAGCAGAGGGCGCUUUAAUGCAGUGUUAAGAGAGUGUGCAGAGAUGCUUGACUGCCUGGGAGUGCCGUGGGUGGUUGCUGCAGGGGAGGCUGAGGCCAUGUGCGCACACCUGGACUCACACAGUCUUGUGGAUGGUUGCAUCACCAAUGAUGGAGAUGUGUUCUUGUACGGGGCACGGACCGUCUACAGAAACUUCAAUAUGAACUCCAAAGACCCCAAGGUGGACUGCUACAAGACCUCCCGUGUCCAAACGGAGUUGCGUCUCUCCAGAGAGAAUCUUGUUGGUCUGGCAAUCCUCCUCGGAUGUGAUUACAUUCCCAAGGGAAUCCCCAGUGUCGGUAAAGAACAAGCUCUCAAGCUGAUUCAGACCAUUAAAGGACAGACUCUCUUGCAGAGGUUCAUGCGGUGGAAGGACGAGGCGGCGUGCGUGUCUCAGGGAGUCGUGAAGAAGCUUCCCCACUGCCACAUAUGUCGACAUCCCGGCUCCGCCAAAGCCCACGAACGCAGCGGCUGUGUGCUUUGUGACAGUCAACGAUUCUGCCAACCUCAAGAUUUUGACUACCACUGUCCCUGUGACUGGCAUCGCUCAGAACGGACACGCCAGGCCCAGUCCAUCGAGGCAAAUAUCAAAAAGAAAACGCUGGCGAGUCAGCAGUUCCCGUUUACAGAGAUUAUCAACGAGUUUCUGCUAUGCAAGGAAAAACCUGUCGCAAACUUCAAAAGGAGGCAGCCAAAUCUGCUGUCAAUGCAGAAAUUUGCUCUUGACAAGAUGGAGUGGCCAAAGCACUACACCAGUGAAAAGGUUUUAGUUCUGAUGACCUAUACAGAGCUGAUGAACAGAAAGUGUGGCAGAAUUAUGUCAUCGCAAAUCAAGCCCAUCCGGAUAUCGAAACAACGCGUGAGGAAUUCAGUUUCUUGCUUCGAAGUCAUCUGGAGCACACCAGAUCAUUACGUGUUUCCAGAGGAUCAGCCCGCCAAGGAGCAGCACGAGGUGAGGUCGGUGGAGGAGGCGAGCCUCUUCCGUGUGGCCUUCCCAGAGGUGGUGGAGAGCUACCUGAAUGAAAAAGCUUUGGCUGAAGAGAAAAAGACUAAAAAGAGGAACCCAAAGAGUAAAAAGGAAAAGACGCCUGAUGAAGCCGAUGAGGUUUUGGACCUCCUAGCGCAGAUGACACUUCAGAGCUCCCCUCCAGAAAAGGCAAAGACCCAAAAGUUGCCUUCCGUUCUUCCAAACAUGCAGGAAGUGGUGCUUCUGGACACACCAGUGAGCCAAAAACAUCAGGGACUCACAGAAAUUUGUCCCGGUAUGCCUCUUUCUCAGGCAGAUUCCUCACCGUCCGUCUCCGCCGCUAUCGACACACUCCACCUGAGUGACAUCGACUGGGACGCUUUGUCCUUCACUGCCACCCCGCCGCCUCAAACGGUUCCAAAGGCCCCACCACAGAGCACCGCGGAGCCCAUUGGGGAUGACGUCAAGGACAUGGUGGAAGCUGAGCUGAAAACUUCUACUACUCAACAUUCCGAUGCUGGUCCAGAGCACUGUUUCACUGAAUGUCCUCUACGGGACAGGCUGCUUAUGAGACACACAAGCACAGCAACGGAAGCACACAACAAUAAGGUCCCCAAACAACUAUGCUACCUUGUACCAAUUUUAAAACCCAUUGCAGACACUCGUAGAGAAAGCGAUGGUAUCAAAAUAUCAGGGGAAGCAACCCCAGCAGUGCAAAGCCAGACAAGGACGGACAAAAGGCCUCCUCACAAGUACAAAUUUGUCAGAGCUGCAGCUGCAAAACUGCAGAGGUGCCACUCAGAGCCAUGCCAGGCAGACAAAGACAGAAAGGCGACCGUCAAGAAGACCGUGUGCAUGAGCGUGUGUUCAUCCAGCGAGGACAGUGACGCGGACAACCAGCAGAUCAGAGCUCGCGGAACCGCCGAGAGCAAGCACACGUACAAGCCCAAGGGACGGAUGCCGUCAGAUCUCCCUCCGAAGCUUGUUUGUGGACCACUUAAAACCACCUCUGAGAUUGUCCAAUCCUUGAUGCCCAAAUGUGUGGAGAAUGGAGAUCAUGUCACAAACCUUCAAAGCAAAACCAAGGUAGAAACCCACGUUGAUGUCGUGUUCCUUCCCACUCCGGCGUCCCCCAGCAUCGUGUUAGAUAGCGACGAUUCAGUCGUUUGCGGGGACAGCCCUUUGCCGCUGGCAGAGAGACUCAAGCUCAAGUUGUUCAAGUGAGAAGCAGGACCAAAAAGAUUUCAAAUGCAACACAAAUUCAUCAUGACGAGGCAAGGUACUCUAUCUCUAAUCUCAACAAUUUACAAGCACGCUCACCGUACACGUUAGGCACAAAGAAAUCUGCUUUUAAAAACAAAGGCACACUAUCUGCAAGUCCAAAAGAAGCAUCCAUAUUUGGAACA